UUCAUAUCAUGAAAGAGUCUGACGUUGAAACUUAAACAUCUUCGUGUCUUCUUGCUCGUACAGAUGAUAUCUUGAAGAAUGCAAAAUUUAAAUCUUCUAGAUAAUUCGAAGGGUUAAAGACGAUGUUAUGGUAUGCCACUAAGUCGAAAUCGGCUCUCCGUUUCCACGCUUGGUAGAUAUAGUCACAACUUCUGUAUGACGCCAGGCGCACAGCAUUAAAAUAUUAGAUGAACAGUUGACCUUCUCCCCGGGAGCUCAAAGCGAUAACUUCUUACUGGUCUGGCCCUCGAUUGAUUUCAGUUCCACAACACGAGGGUAUUCGAUGGAAAACAUAUUAGAUAUGGAUACAUCGGACUUUACAACGAGACCGGAUGCAUACAUACGUAAUGACAGAGGUCGCGAAGCAAGGAUCGAAACAAUGACAAAGCAUGUGGUAGACGCAGCGAUGGAGCUCAACAGACAACAAGAGGACGAGCGCAGACGCAUGGCAAAGGAAGAGCGAGACCUGGAGAAGAAACUCAUCGUCGCGCGACAAAGAAACUUCUUCAAAAAGCUAUGGGUGAAGUUAGUGGUGGGGCAUGAUCUGAAUUUUCCAUUGCCGGGAAGUGGAGAACCAUCAAAGAAAUGCUCGAAGACGGAGCUUGGGAAGGUUUUAGUCUGCGAAGAUGGAAGUGAUGUAACGAACGAGCAACUGGAAUGGCUGGAGAUGAGGAGAGAGGAAAGAAGGCUGGAAAGCAGGCUGGCGAAAGAAAGAUCACUUGCUGCAAGAAAGGCUAGGGGACCUCGCGGCUUCUCUCUGAGAUAAUCAUGCAGAUCAUUAGCCUGGAGCUUAGUCUCGUCCUCCUCGAGAGGG